ACUUGGUGUUAAGGUGUGUGUUCGUCGUAGAAACGGUUCGAAGGACCUAUAAGCUUAAUAAGGCAACUGAUAUGGAUCGACCGAGUACCAGCCAUCAAUCUGUGGAGAAGAUUGAAGUAUUCGAAGUCCGGGAACAUGUGCCCUACCAGGCUGAAGUUACCAGGGCCCCGGCGGCUUACGAUGAGGAGAGCGGCGAGAUGUACGGCUCGUCAUGGCAGUCCGCGUGGAAAGCAAUCUGUCAGUUUGUGAAUUUAUUGCAUCAUAUGCAAAUUGCUAUUGUGGUUUUUUGUAUUUGGCGUUUUGCGUUAAAUUCUCAACCUGAUGGAACCAUCACGAAUCUACAGCUGCACAUCGUUUUCGCUGGAACUGGUUACCAACUGUUUCUGGUUGAGUCAGUUUUGACUCUUCAAAGACACAACUCCUGGUCAUCCCAAAUAAGUCAAGACAGUAAACGAAUUGUCCAUGGCUGUCUGCAACUCAUCGGCUCAAUAUUUGUCUUAGCAGGGACUUUCUUGGGCCUUUCAAACACAAACAUGGCCAUAAACGGUGCUCAUGGCAUAUGUGGUAUUAUUGCAUUGGCAUUCACACUGCUUAGCUUUUUCUCGGGCAUCAUUGCACUAUUUUCGUCCAAAGUGCGAUUGUUUCUAAAGAGUGGACCAGUGAAGAUUCUUCACAUGGCUGUUGGAAUAUUCGCCUUGAGCAUGGGACUAAUAUCAUUAAUUUUAGGUUUCAACAGCGAUUUCUUUAGAACCACACAAGGGCCUCUGGCAGAUGCUAUGAUUGCGUUCGUUGUUUUAAUUCUAACUUAUGUUCUUGUACAACCGGUAGUUGAUUUAGUCUCAACAACUCGUAACGCCAUAUGACUGUUCAAAGUGGCGGGUUCAGUAAGUGGCGAUAGCCACGCUUAAGUAUAUUAUUAUAAUUAAGGGUUUUAACUUUAUAUAGUCAUUUAAUAUUCUUGCAAUUUAACGUUAUUUUGCAAAACUACAAAUUUUAUAACUGUUGUAAGUAUUUUUAUUUAAAGGAUGUUGAAAUUUGAUUCGUAAAUUCAAGUUACGUUGAUGAAUUUCAGAAAGGCAUGUUAAGGUUCACUUUUCAGGAAAACGAAUUACUAUUUUGUUAUAAACAAUAUAAAUGAUGAUGUACAAAAAUAAGGUCAUAUAAUGCAUAGCGAUACCUCCUUGUGUAAUAUAUAAUCUUAUCUGUGAAAUAGCAGAUAACUUGAAUAUGUAAUAGUGUGUGGUAUAUUAUAAGCACGUUUAAUUCUGUUUUAUAUCUUAACUAAUACUCGAAAUAACCAAAAAAUCAAGUUUCUAUAUUUUUACAAUAAAAUACGUAGCGAAAACUUUAGAUACGUCUUUAUAUAAUACCUAUCGUAUGUAUUAUGCAAUUAUUUAAGUAAUUAAUUGUUAACGUUCAGCUGCUCGAAUCGUAGAGGAUCCAGUACGAACAGCCUGAUACCAUGGCAUUGCAAAGAGACGUCGCUUUGUUGUACGUAUGUCUUCUUCGCAUUUAUCACAAGGAGCGUUACUAAGAGCUGUUUGACCUCAUUUUUGCCGCCGAAUUCUAAUAUAGCACAUAUCAUCCUCACUAAAUCAAAAUAAGAUCCCCAACACAGUCUUCCAAUAUAGACGUAUAGACAAACAAAGUGUGCGAGAGAGAAGAAUUUCUCUAACGGAGAUACAGCAAGAUAGAAAAGAUAAGAGAAUCAAUUGUUACUGUAACUUUGAUUUGACAAGUCGUUGAAAGUCAGUCAUCUCCUCCAUAUUAUUAGAAUCUUUAAUAUUAAACUAGUUAGGCACACACAUUGACAUUUGUUAGUUAACUACCAAAUUGGUCAAGCAUUAUGGAGCUGUCAGAUCGUCUACGCUUCAGUCUAUAUCUAUCCUCACCUACGGGAUUAGUGGUGCGAUUAUUUUCAAAAGCAUUGUGAAUAUUUGAAAAUUAUAUUGAUUUAUUUGGUGUUGUUUGUCCAGAAAAAUGUCGUGUAUGUUCCAUUACUUGUAUUGUUAUUAUAGUAUAAUAAUAUUAAGUAGAAUUAAGUGAACUAAGUAAUGUAUGAAGGAUUUAUAAUAAAGAUUUCAAUAACAA